CUCAUUCUUGUCACAACGUGGUCGAUCUAAAAGUGCUGUCAAGAUGGUAGAAAAAGAACAAACGCGGAAAGAUAUAAAGGAAUUGGGGAAGAAUGACAAAUACUCGAUUUUGCUCCCGACGUACAACGAGGUCGAGAAUUUACCUAUAAUUAUUUGGCUUAUCGUUAAGUACAUGGACGCGAGCGAACUUGAUUAUGAGAUAAUCGUGAUAGACGAUGGUUCUCCAGAUGGAACAUUGGAUAUGGCUAAACAGCUGCAGAGUCUCUAUGGACCGGACAAAAUAUUGUUGAGGCCAAGAGAAAAGAAACUUGGGUUGGGGACAGCAUAUAUGCAUGGGAUCAAACAUGCCACAGGAAAUUUCAUUGUUAUUAUGGAUGCUGAUCUGUCUCAUCAUCCUAAAUUCAUACCCAAAAUGAUAGAACAGCAAAGGUACUUGGAUUUAGACAUUGUCAGUGGUACAAGAUAUGCCCAAGGUGGAGGAGUUUAUGGUUGGGACUUCAAGAGGAAAUUGGUUAGCAGAGGAGCAAAUUUCUUGACACAAAUUUUGUUAAGACCUGGGGCCUCAGAUCUUACAGGAAGUUUCAGAUUAUAUAAAAGAGAUGUACUGGAGAAAUUGAUACAAUCCUGUGUGUCAAAAGGAUAUGUUUUUCAGAUGGAAAUGAUUGUUAGGGCAAGGCAAUAUAAAUAUACCAUUGGAGAAGUACCAAUCACCUUUGUGGAUCGCGUUUAUGGGGUAUCAAAAUUGGGAGGGUCUGAAAUCUUUCAAUUUGCAAAAGGUCUCCUGUAUCUUUUUGCCACUACAUAGACUUCCAUGAAAUUCCAAAAUUUUUUACUUGUACUAUAUAAGACUACAUGCAAAUCAACAUUUGUAUAAAUAAAAAUUAUACUUCGAUAA